UAUUUCAGAACAACAAAGAUGGUUGAUUCGUGUCUCUAGAACCACACGUGUUAUUGCCAAAAAAAAAUUAAUUGUUAAAAAAAAAUUUGUAAUUGUCUUCAAACCCUAACUUCCAGUUUCUUGAGUACAAUUUCCGAGAAUCUUAAUGAAAAACUGCAAAAAUGCCUAAAGGAAAAACAAAGAAGUUCAUCGACAAGAAAAACUCCGUGACGUUUCACCUGGUGCAUCGGUCACAGCAAGAUCCCCUGGCAGCUGAUGAGACAGCCCCUCAACGAGUGCUAGUUCCAGUGGAUGGACAGUUUUCAAAAUCAGAGAAAAAAUCUCAAGAGCCCCAGAAGAGAAUAGAGGAGCAGCAGAAAUAUGGAAUUUUCUUCGACGACGAUUACGACUACCUCCAGCACCUGAAGGAUGUCAACAAAUUGCCAGUGGAGUGGUCCAUGGUGGAGAACCCCAAUGACAAAAAUUCAGAAAGAAAGAUAAAAUUACCAUCCUCAGUUUUUGCAUCUGAUGUCGAGGAGAAAGUGGGACUUUUGAACAAAGCAGCACCAAUAUCUGGCCCCAGACUUGAACUCGACCCUGACAUUGUCGCUGCCAUGGACGACGACUUCGAUUACGACGACCCUGACAAUCAGCUCGAGGAUGAUUUUCUCGAGUUAGCCAAUGGACCAGUGGAUGAGGUGGAGUUUGAUGAAGAGGAUGAGGAAGAUUACGAAUCAGCUGAUGAAUCAAACGUUUCAUCAGGUCACAUGGCUGUCUCUGAUGAAGAGAGGGAUGAAGUUAGAAGUCUCAAUGGCCCUCAGUUCUCUUUCAGGGAGGAGGAGACAAAGUCCAGAUUUACUGAGUACUCCAUGUCGAGUUCUGUGAUGAGGAGGAAUCAACAGCUGACACUUCUCGAUGAUAAAUUCGAGAGGAUGUUUGCGGGUUACGAUGAGGUGGAGAUUGGCGCUCUCGACUGCGAGGAGAUUGAAGGCCAUGUUUUGCCUGAUUCACAGGUUGUUAUUCAGUGUGCUGAGGAGUUCGAGAAAGAGCAGAGCGAGGCCACUGACAAUGUCACAAAGCUCCUGAAGAAUAGGUUAAAGAUACUCGAGUACAGGGAUAGCUCCGAGGAAGAGGAUCACCUCGAGAGACUCACUGUCGAUCCCAGGGUGAAGGACAAGUGGGAUUGUGAGAGUGUUCUGAGCACUUACAGCAAUAUUUAUAAUCAUCCCAAGAUCAUUGUCGAGCCGAAGGGGCUUGGAAAGAUCAAAUUGCACAGUAAAACAGGUGUUCCCAAAGACGUUCUAGACCAAAAAUCCGGCAAGCUUACUGCAAAGAGUCUAGCCAUGCUAGACCGAGAGUACAACCUAGCCCAUGGAAAAUCCGUAGCUCCAGUUUCCAUGGCUGAGACCAUGAAAUCCACUCUGAGUGUACUGAGUAACCGACCCAAGAACGAAACUCCAGAGGAUAAACGCGAGCGUAAAAAAGCGAUAAAGGAAUACAGAAGGGAGAGAAGACUAGAGCGCAAGGCGAAUAGCGAGGCAUUCAAAGAGGAGAAGAAGAGACAGGAAAAAAUUCUACUCAAUAAUCAACAGAAUGUCCAAGGAAAUCGUAUCUUAUAAGAGUAAACAUUUAUAAUUAAUUUAUCAUUCCAAUUGAAUUUGGAUUUUUUGAUUAAAUGAAAAUUUUGGGA